AUGUCCGGCUCCGAGUGCUGGCGUCCCGCAGGCUGCCGGCGGGCCUGGGCCGAGCUGCUGGCGGGCCGGGCCGGGCGGCCGCGGCGCAGCCCUGGACGCGAGCAGAAGCUGAGGGACUCGGCCGUGCGGCUCCUGAGCGGCCGCCAGGACGUGGGCGGCCUCUUGCUGGAGGUCAGCAGGGCCGGGCCUGCGUUCCGGGGGGACGAAGAGCGGGCCGGCGGCCCCGAGGCCCGCGCGCAGCGCUUGGGGACACUGGUCGGCUGUGCUUUGCGGGAUGAGGCCUCCCGGCUGGGGGUUCCCACAGGGCUGCUGUCAGCCAGGAUGGUGGCCGCUGGCGUGGUGCGGAUCUGUGCCCAGGGGGCAGCGGCGGAGCCUGGGGACCGUGCGCUGUUGGACGCAGAGCAGAGAAGGGAUCUGGCGUCCUUGCUGGAGACGGCACAGAGCCUGCUGGCGCACGGCUCCUUCUCCCGCCGUCGCUUCUGUCAGGAGCUGUGGAGAGCACAGGACUCGCUGCUGCUCGAAGCCCUGUGGCGUCUUCACACACAGAACCUCGUGAGCCUGCAGGAGCUGCUGGAGAGCCACCCCGACGAGCAGGCCGUGGCGGCGUGGCUCUCCAGGAACCUGCGCCUUCUCUGUGAGCAGACGGAGUCUGCUCCCUCUGCCGAGGUCGCUGGGGCUGUGCUGUCCGAUUUUGUGCGAAUCUUUGUUUUGACGGGAUUUUGUGAAAACUCAGCUCAGAGGAGAUGCGGGGAGCCUGAGAAGAUGCCCCAGGUCGCCCUGGACGUGCUGCACAGGAUGUUGGCCUUUGGCCUGGACGCAGUGGCAGCCGGCACUCAGGAGGCGUCGUCGGCACACAGGGCAGCGAGGUGCUGGUUCAGCGUUUGCUGUGGACGCACGCUCUGUGGGAUGAUUGCAGGGGACGCUCCGAGAAGGUUUGCCAGCGACAUGCUGACACAGAUACUCACCUACAACCCUGUGCUGAAAGUGUCCGACGCCAUUGAGAGGCAGAGAGAGUGGAGUUUCGCCAAGACCCACCCGCUGCUCACCGCCUUGUACCGUGGGCUCUUCGUGAUGCUGAGCGCCGAGGAGCUGCUCAGCUGUGUGCGGGAGGCUCUGGAGACCCAGGAGGUCCACUGGCAGCGUGUGCUCGGCUGCGUGUCCGCCCUGGUUGUCUGCCUCCCAGAAGCUCGGCAGCUACUCAGCGACUGGGUGGCCCGUCUGAUGGCCCGGGCGUUUGAAAGCUGCCACCUGGACAGCAUGGUCACAGCCUUCCUGGUUGUGCGUCAGGCUGCGCUGGAGGGGCCCGCCUUGUUUCCGUCGUAUGGAGACUGGUUCAAGGCCUCCUUUGGGAGCACACGUGGCUACCACGGCAGCAGCAAGAAGGCACUGGUCUUCCUCUUCAAGUUCCUGUCCGACCUCGUGCCCUUUGAGGCCCCACGGUGCCUGCAGGUACACAUUCUCCACCCGCCGCUGGUUCCAGACAAGUACCGCUCCCUGCUCUCUGACUACGUCUCGCUGGCCAAGACACGGCUGGCUGACCUCAAGGUUUCCAUAGAAAACAUGGGGCUUUACGAGGACUUGGCAUCAGCCGGGGACAUAGCAGAGCCCGACAGCCAAGCAGCCCAGGACGUCGCAAAGGCCGUGGCAGUGUUUGAGCACACGGGGAGAAUCCCAGUCACCGUCAUGGAGGCCAGCAUAUUCCGGAGAUCUUACUACACAGGCCACUUCCUCCCUGCCCUGCUCACGCCGCGAGUGCUCCCAGAGACCCCUGAUCCGCGCAUGGCUUUCAUAGACUCUCUGAGGAGAGUGGGGAAGAUCCCGCCGUCUCUAUACACCACCUACCGCCACGCCUGCUCCACGGCCCGAGAGAAGCUGCCAGAGGAUGCAGCCCCGGGAAGGGGGACUGAGCCUGGCUGUGCUGAGGAGCCCCUGGGGUCACUCCGAGCUGCGCUGGGAGAGCUCAGAGCUGCCAUGGUGGACCCCGCCCAGUAUGAUGUUGUGUCUGCCCAGGUGGCUGUGGUCUCUGAAAGGCUGAGUGCGGCUUUGGCCCCCAGAGAGGAGGACGGCACCUUGGAGGUGGCAAAGGUUCAGCUCAACAUCCUUGCUCCAGAGCUCGAGAGGCGAGAGCAAGAGGUCGUGGACCUCCUGCUCAUGUCUUUUUGUCAGAACCUUAUGGUCGCCUCCAGCUUUGCACCACCAGAGAGGCAGGGCGCCUGGGCUGCCCUCUUCACGAGGACCCUGUGUGGACGCACUCUGCUCCCUGGCACGCUCACGCGGCUGUGCCAGCUGCUUCGUCACCAGGGCUCGAGCCUCAGUGCCCCGCAUGUGCUGGGGCUGGCCGCCCUGGCUGUCCACCUGGGUGAGUCCAGGUCCGCGCUUCCAGAGGUGGAGCUGGGCCCUCGAGCCCCUGCCAGCAGCCUCCCCGUCCCCGACUUCUUGGACAGCCUCCUGGCCUGCGGGACCGGCGAGUCUCUGCUCUUCUGCCUCAAGUUCUGCACGGCAGCGAUUUCUUACUCCUUGUGCAAGUUCUCUUCCCAGUCACGGGAUGCUUGGUACAGCUGUUUGUCUGCAGGCCUUGUGAAGAAGUUUCAGUUCGCCGUGUUCAGACUGAUCUCAGAGUCCCGAGAGCCGCCCCCUCAGGAGGGCACAGCCGGCUUCCCCUGGAGCGCCACGCACCGUCCUGUGGACUGGCAGAGAGCCGCCCUCUCUCUCUGGAGACAGCGAGCCCUCCAGGAGCUGUUGAAGGAGAAGCAGUUCCGUUUAACUUACAGAGACUGGUUACAGCUGGAACUGGAAAUCCAACCUGAAACUGACGCUCUUUCAGACGCAGAAAGACAGGACUUCCACCAGUGGGCGAUCUACCAGCGUUACCUCCCGGAGCCCUCUGCUGCCGGGGGCUGCGACGGAGACCUGGAGGUGGCGUGCACGGUUCUCGUCGGCGUACUGAUGGACUUCUGCCGGAGCCGGGGAAGCUCUGCCCUCGGUGGCCGCACCGGGAAUCGGGAUGUUCUGUCCAGGCUGCAGGAGCUGGCCGUUGACCUGGAACUGCAGCAGGGCCCAGCCGUCCCCCCUGGCCACGCCCCGUCUCAGGGCCACUUCCUCUACGCAGUCUUCCGCAGCAGGCUGCAGACUCUGGCGAGCAGUGGGGACGUGGCUGCCAGACUGGAGAGAGAGCAGGAGCUGCUUCUGUGCAAACGGAUCCUCCUCCACCUGCCCCCAUCCAUUCUCAUCGGCAGCAUCCAGGCCGAGCAGCCUGUCCCCCGCAACUGUGAGGAGUUCUUCCACCUGGUCAACUCUGAGUUGAGAAACUUCUCCCACGGAAUCACCCUGACCCACGACAUCACCCUCCACUUCUUCAGGGGGCUGCUGACUGCCUGCGUCCACAGCAGAGAGCCAGCCCGAGUGGCCGACCUGACCCUGACUGAGUGCCAAACCCACUGUCCCAUCAUUCUGACCUCUGCUCUGUCGUGGUGGCCAAGCCUGGAGCCGGUGCUGUGUGCCCAGUGGAGCAGAUGCUUCCAGGACUGCCUGCCCCAGGAGCUGCGGAGGCUGCAGGAGGCGCGGAGGUUUGCCAGCGACUUCCUCUCCUCCGACAGUGCUUGCUCUGCACCCAGCCCUGCCUGGGUCUCGGCUGCCGCACUGCACGUGGCCCUCACACAAGCAGGGAAGGACGACGCUGGGACACGACUGAAGCAGCUGGGCGGCGAGAGGGAGGAGCUGUUGGUUUCCCUUUUCUUCUUCUCUUUGAUGGGCCUGCUCUCCACAUGGCUGACCCCAAACGGCACUGCCGACCCCAGGAAGGCUUUGCAUGUCUGUGCGGAGAUCCUCAUGUGUCUGGAGCGGCGGGGGAUACCCUGGCUGGGGCUCUUCCAGUUGACAGAAGCAGAUGCUGGGCUGGGACACCUCCUCCGCGUGGCCCCGGACCAGCACACCAGGCUGCUGCCGCUCGCCUUCUACAGCCUCCUCCCCUACUGGCGGGACGCCCCCACAGUCAGGGAGGCCGCCUUCCUGCGUGUCGCUGUUGACAUGUACCUGAAGCUGCGUCAGCUCUUCGUGGAUGGGGAGACGAGCGCCGUGGUGACCCCAGCCAGCAGGAGCCGGGAGCUCCAGGAGCAGGGAAACCCUGUGGAACUGCUAACAAAAGCUCGCGACUUCCUGCUGCAGUUCAUACCUCAGUGUCCGACGAAGAGCUGCUCAGACGUGGCGGAGCUGCUGGCCGGGCGUGGAGACUGGGACCCCGAGGUGAGCACCGCCCUUCUGGGCAGGCAGCCGCUGACUGUGGCAGACCCCAGCCUCUACCGCGAGCCCCAGCUGUUCUGACUGGACCCAGCACCGUGCACCAGCCCAGCUCCUUUGUAAACAGUUUGUUAAAGCCUAAGGUGGAGCUCAUGUUGCACUAAAAAGUGGAU